CACAUCAGACCAAAGAGGACUUUGGGGGACUGCAGCAAUAGCAGCAGCAGAGAGCUUCUGGUAGGCUCCCAGUUAUAGAAUGAGGACAUAUUUUGUGUGCUCUCAGUUAUAGGACUAUGAACAUUUUUGGAACAAACUUUCUGUUGUAGGGAAUGAGGGUGUAUUUUGAUAUGCUUACAAUUACAUAGGACUUUGGGCAUAUUUUUUAUAGGCUUAAAGUUAUUGCACAAGGAGGACACAACUUUUGGUAGGCUUACAGUUGUUGGAGUUAGGACUGUAGGCUUGCUGGUGUACAGAAGGGGACAUGUGGACCUCCUGUGAUAGGCUUGCAGUUUGGAGAAAUAUGGACAUGAUUUUGCUGACUGGUGAAUAAGCACCUGACGAGCGGACUGAAGGAGAGUCUGUGGUUUUUCUGCGCCGAGUAAAAACCCCAAAUGAUCGGUUACCCCUUUGGAAAAUGGAAAUGUGUUAAAGAUUUUCAAGAUCUUCAGAAAAAAAGGACGGGAGGAAACCAAUCUGGCCUGAGUAUUGAGACCCAGGUCUGUGAAGAUUGCUGUGGAUGUUUCCCCCGUGCCUUGUGGAUAUACAGUGCGGUUUUGAUCACGUCGAGGCUUGUUUGCUUGCUUUUGCGCUUGGAUCGGGCUGAAUUGGCAGGUGUGACAUUUGAUUUGGGGCGCCUCUGAAGAAAGCCUUGCUUGUGUAUCUGACCCGUUUUAUUUAUUUUCUCUGUGACUCAUAUAUCACGGUGCCCAGUAGACAUACACCUGCUGUGUCUCUCUUCUCUUCUCUCCUCUCUCUCUCUCUCUCUCUCUCUCUCUCUCUCUCUCUCUCUCUCUCUCUCUCUCUCUCUCUCUCUCGCUCUCUCUCGCUCUCUUCUCUGCGUCUUAUGCUUAUCCAAAAUUCACUCUUGCAAGGAAGCUAAGUCACCAACUUUGUAAAAAAAAAUCCAUGUUUGUAUGUUCUUCUGCUCUGGCUCCUGUUCCUCUCUUAGUCAUUCCUUCCUCUGAACCUGCGUUUUCAAACGGCAUCUCUUCGAGAGCCAGGCAUUGAGGUUGUUUGGAAACACAUAAAAAGUCUGGUUGCCUGGUGAGAGGGAAAAAGAGGAAUUGGACAGAAAGAAGACAGUAAUGUAAGAACAGAAGACACAGCUCUGUCUUGAUGAAGCUCCAGUGUUUUCCAGGAGGCAUAAUGACAACUCAGCUAAACUAAAGAGAAAAAAGCAACAUAUGGUGAAUCAGUGAGGUGACUGAUAUCUUGUCCAAUUGUCUUCUUUCUUGUGAUAUCCACUUCCAUGCUGGUGCAUAGAAGCAACGUUCCAAAUACGGAACAUUCCAGGCUGAUCUAAAACACUGAGUGUCUUUGGUUUGGGAACAGAGGAGACACAACCCGACACUCAAAGUGCUGUGUGAGCUGUGGUUUCUCCUAUUGCCUUAAAGCGUAACUGUCAGAGCACAGACAUGACCACAGCCAUGGAUGUACCCGUGGAUCCCUUAGGCCAAGACACAGACGCAGAACGCAGUGAGAGGAGCAACUCCAUAAUGCAGAGUCCCAUCUGCUGUCAGAGAGGCCACUGCACCAGUAUCAGCACCAGCACCAGCAGACUGGGCACGGGCAAGCGCUCAUCCCCGUCGUCUCCCAUGGUGCUGCUGGUCUCCGUCUAUGUGCUGCUGCUGUGUGUUUGCGGUAACGGCGGUAAUGGCAGCGGCGGCGGUGUCGAAGGGGUGGUGCACUCCAGCUUCCGGCGUCUGAGCGGCCGCGAGAAGAAGGAGAUGCAGCGGGAGAUCCUAACGGUGCUGGGGUUGCCGGGGCGACCCCGUCCCCACCCCCCGCUGCGGCCGCCCUCCUCCGCACCCCUCUUCAUGCUGGACCUGUACCACGCCGUGUCCGAGGCUGAGGAAGGGGGCCCGGGAGGAGGGGGCGGAGGAGGAGGCGGCGGGGGGAACCGGCUGGUGGCCGAUGGGACGGGGCACCCUCAAUACCACCACCAUGUGCCUCACACGCACGCCCACGCACAUGCCUACCCCACCAUCAGCACCCACAUGCCCCCGCUAGGCUCCGUCGUCAGCGAGGCCGACACCGUCAUGAGCUUCGUCAACCUGGUGGAGCACGAGCGAGACCUGCGGCAGCCGCGGCCGUACUGGAAGGAGUUCCGCUUCGACUUGACGCCCCUCCCCCAGGGUGAGACGGUGACCGCGGCCGAGUUCCGCAUCUACAAGACGCUCACCAUGGGCCAGCGGGCCAACCUCACGCUGCACAUCUCCGUGUAUGAGAUCCAGAAGGAGAACAAACACAGGGAGCCAGAGCUGGUGCUGCUGGACAUGCAGUCUGUGCCGGCGGGGCAGGAGGGAUGGCUCGCCUUUGAUGUCACCUCAGCCAGCAAUCGCUGGCUGCUGAACCCACGCAGCAACCUGGGCAUACGGCUGUACGUGGAGACUGAGGAGGAUCGGUCCCUGUCAGCAGGCUGGGUGGGGCUGGUGGGUCGUCACGGUCCCCGAUCAAAGCAGCCCUUCAUGGUGACGUUCUUCAGGGCCAGCCAGGCCCCCUGCCGGCCGCCCCGGGCCGUCAGGCAAAAUCCCCGCAAGAAGAAGCCCAAAUACGUCCUCCCGCACCCCAAUCGGCCCGGGAUGUUUGAUCAGAUUCCUUCGAGUGGCAGACAGGCGUGUAAAAGGCAUGAGCUGUAUGUAAGCUUCAGUGACUUGGGCUGGAAGGACUGGGUGUUGGCUCCGCGGGGAUACUCGGCCUACUACUGCGACGGGGCGUGUGACUACCCACUGGGGGCAUGCAUGAAUGCCACCAACCACGCCAUGAUCCAACUAGUGGUGCACCUAAUGAAGCCAGACGAGGUGCCCAAGGCGUGCUGCGCCCCCACCAAGCUGAGUCCCAUCUCGGUGCUCUUCUACGAUGACAACAACAACGUCAUCCUCAAGAAGCACCGCAACAUGGUGGUGAAGACAUGUGGAUGCCUAUAGCACCCUCAAAGGAACCUGCUGGACUACACACACACACACACACACACACACACACAGCACACAGAUAUACACAUACAUGCCUCAGGCAUACAGUCCCCCC